GUCUAAGAGCCUCCAGGGCUGCUAAAGAAUCGUAGGGCUGUUAGCUAACAGACGAGCUAGGUACAAUUGACGUAGUCGAAUGGGGCAGAGGCUGACACGCCCACACACGCCCAGCACUUCGCCUGCGCCAACAAUCCUUCCACUCAUGCGCAGCCACCGUAGGUCUUUCAACUCCUUACCUUAUGGAGGAAAUUCCUUGUAGUUCGCAACGCCGCAGCGUAGCACGGGCCCUAGGGCUCUUGCUGAACUGGGGCCUUAUGUAGACUGUCAUGGCCGCUCAAAAGCCGGCGUUGAUUUACGUCAAGUAUGCCAAGGAUGUACCUGACUGUCGAAGCGGUCGAAUAGAGCGAAUUUCGCACAUCAGGUAACAAAUGUAAAGAAAGGAAAUCGCCAGAAUGCCGUCGCAGCUCACCCAGAACGACCUUGCCAUCCCGCAGGACCCUUUCCUGCCGCAAGAGUCGGCACUGGGACCGGUCUUCCUCGAUACCCAAGCAUGCCUCUGUGCUCUACGAGGGACGAGUCAUCUACGCAGCGGUGAGAACGCUUGGGAAUGUAUUGGCAACCAGACGCAGGGCGUAUACCAAGUGACGACGGGGAAAUGGUUCAACAACAUUGGUAGUGGUACCCUGCAGGAUGGCCUCGGAAUAUCAGACGCUUCGAACACUCCCGAUACCAGCAAGGCUUUAAUGUAUAAUAACGGCUCGAGCUCCUUGGUCGACGUCGUCUCCAGCGAACUUAGCGUAUGGGAUCAAGCUUGUACCGGCCAAAAUCACUCAUCAUUCUCGACUUCUUACUAUGGGUCAUCAGCUGCAAUUGGCAGGAAUGAUACUCCCACCGAUGCUGCUCCCUGUUGGCGACCCGGAGCAUUCCCAAUAACGAUCCAGGAAGUAGCAGAUUGGCAAACCAAUGGGUGCAAUGAGGGUUUUCUAUGUUCUAAUAAUACGGUUAAUUCAUUACCACAAUUCUGUCCUCCCAUCACCGAUUGUCAAAUAGCGAGGUUGGCAGGGUUUACAUGCUCAACGGGCGGUAGAAACAUAGGAAUGGGUCCUUUCGAACCUGUGGUAUGUCAGCAAGGGUGGUAUUGCCCGAAAUCUUCUGGAGGUACAGAAUCGAUCCGUUGCCCAACCGGCACGUAUUGCCAACCCGGUGCUCCUACACCCACACCUUGCAGCGUUGGAAGCUGGUGUCCGGAGGGCUCGACGUAUGAGACAUUUAUCAUACCCGUUAUCGUUUUAAUCCUCGCCGACCUCUUCCUCGCGAUCGCAUUCCUGUGGUAUUUCCUUCGCAAGCGUUUCUUCAGGAGUCGUGAACAGACAAUCGGUGGCGUGAGUAGGGCGAAGAGCACCUUUAUCAGGCAAACGGGCGGUUAUAAACCCCUUGAACCGGACUACGAGAUGCUCCCGAUGCGAGCUACCUACAUGCCGACCCGAGAUGCAUGGACCGGAUUCGAGGCCGCCCUUAACUUCCCCACGCCUCGUAGUUCUUCGUUGAAUAUUCCCGAUACCGAGUUCUCACCCCAACUACGGGCCUUCGUAGAGUCUAUGAGAAGAGCAACAGACGGCGCAAAGUUCGGUUUAUCGUUUGCGUAUUCUAACCUGAGCUUUCAACCUAAAGGAAACCCCAAACCGAUUCUUCAAGACGUCACCGGGUCCAUCGAGCGUGGAUCUCUAACUGCGGUCAUGGGCGGUUCUGGAGCUGGAAAGAGUACAUUUGUCAACGUGCUAAUGGGUAAAAUUACUAACACUGGAGGUACCGUCAUGAUCAACAAUGUGCCCGGAAAGAUAAAGAAAUACAAGAAGCUCAUCGGUUACGUUCCGCAAGAUGAUAUUGUGCUUCCCGAGCUAACGGUCUACGAGAAUAUUCUCCAUUCGGCAAGGAUACGUUUACCUCGUGCUUGGAAGGAUGUCGAUAUCAAGGCUCACGUCAACUCGGUCAUCGACUGCUUGGAACUGUCUCAUGUGCGAGAUUCCUUGGUUGGUAGUGUAGGCAAGCCCGUGAUUAGCGGUGGACAGCGAAAACGAGUCAGCAUCGGCAUGGAAUUGGCUGCGGCGCCCAUGGCUAUCUUCCUUGACGAACCUACCAGCGGACUCGACGCAACCUCCGCCUCAUCCAUCAUGCGAACCCUCAAAGCCAUCGCGCGCCUCGGUAUCUCCGUCAUCGUCAUCAUCCACCAACCGCGUAUGGAAAUCUUCGAAAUGCUCGACGACUUAAUUCUACUAGCCAACGGGCAGAUUAUCUACGAGGGCCCGGAAACCGGCGUCCGGGAUUUCUUCGAGAACGUAGGCUUCCAGUUCCCUGCGCACGGCAACUUCGGCGAUGUUGUGACCGACAUCGUCACGGGCAACGGGCGGGCGUACAAGCGCUCCGGUGACAUCUCCAAGGACUCUUUGAUAUCGUACUGGUCGCAGUCCCGCGAGAACAGCUCUAUCAAGGAGAAGCAUGCCUCGAUGCGAUACUCACGGACCUCCGUCGCUGAGAACAACAGCAAGAACCGAGAACUUCUGCGUACGCGUGGCGCCCCGCGUCUCAAGCAGCUAUGGCUUUGCUUCUCGCGCGCCAUGCUCCAACAAUGGCGUACUAGAACUGCCUUCUGCUUCGAGAUGGGUCUCGCCUCUGUCGCUGGGCUGCUACUCGGGCUGGCCCAGAAUUCGAAGAAGGGUGUUUUAUUCACAGGCAUUUACAACACGCCAUAUGACGUGCUCUCGCUCGCAACAGACGUCAAGUCCGUCCCCGAACUCGCGCUCCUAACCGCUAUCGCCAUCGGUCUUGUCGCCGCAGCCCCCGGCGUCCGCGUCUUCUCCGAGGAGAUGUUACUGUACCGCCGAGAGGCCGAAGCAGGACACUCGCGCAUCGCGUAUUUCCUCGCAAAGAACUUGUCUGUGCUAGUGCGCAUGGUAUUCGGAUGCAUGCACUUCACAACGCUACUCUUGAUUCUAGCGGUUCCGAUUAUUAACUGGGGCACCGCAUUUCUCGCUAAUCUGGUCUACUUCUACUGCAUCUACGGGCUAGCAAGCUGCAUCAGCAUGGUCGUGCGCCGCGAGGACGCGCCUCUUAUCGCUACCAUGAUCAGCCUAAUCGUCGGCAUCCUGUGUGGUGCCGCGCCUCCGCUUGCUAGCGUUAUCGACUGGCAUAUGGAGUGGUUGUGGCGGGCGUCUCCUGGAACCUGGCUCGCGGAACUGUACUUCGGACAGUUGGUCGAGCCGUUUCGAUACUUGUACAAUGUGGACCUGGCUGCAAAGCAGGUCGGGUUUCGUCUCGAUUGGAACUGGCGCAAUAUAGGUAUCAUGAUGGCGAUCGGAACGGCGUACAGGGUCAUUGCGUACUUCGGGCUGCUGCUGGGGAAUAGACUGCGCAUAUAGAACCUGUACAUAGUGAAUAGGUGCAGGUGUUUAGAGGGAUUGUACUUGGACUUCUGCAUAUUAUGGAUAUGGUUAGGCGGCAUAUAUCAUCAUACUAUUGUAUGAACAGUACAUAUUUUUGUUAAUGAAAUGUUUAAAAGGG